GUAAAGACACACACUUCUGAGUGGUGAGAGGCGGUCACUGAGGCCAAUGUUCACAACGCUACAGGAAUGAAGAACGAGUCUGGUACUGAGUACUUCACCCUGUCACUGGUCCACUAAGGCAUUACAGUCCACUUUUCCUGACGUUUUCAGAAAUAAAACUGAAAUGACUGAAAAGUCUCACUGGCAAAACACAAGAUCCCAAGAGUGCUGCUUGUAUAAAGUGCAUCAUUUUAUAUUUUACUGGAUAAAAUAUACAGUGAUCAACUAAAAGAGAAUAUAAAUCAACUUCAGGGUGAUAACAGUGACUCCACAGUCGGUUUUAUGCAUUACACAUUCAUGUUCACACUGUAAACAUUCUCUGCACUGAGGUAUUUAUAGACGCUUCAUUUGUUCAUUGUUUCCAAGAAACGCAGCCUGAGCCCUAAAAGUGAAAGUAAAAGUACCAGAUAAAAAACAAGCUGUGAUUUGCACUUUGUCCACCAACGAAUUCAGUCCAGAGCGUGUAACUCGGCUGAGAUCCCCCUUCAAAAUGAUCCAAGUCUUUCCAGCGAUGAUCAGAUUUUUUGUCAUGGUCCUUGGGAACACCGUGAAUUCCCACAAGACCCUCAUGGAGCGUCUGACAAUUUCACAAAAACUUCGUGAAGUGAAUUCGGUAAACGACAGUGAUGUCAUCAUUGCUUUUGUCCCAAUUGUGUCUCGAGCUGGAACUGACAUUGGAGCUGCAAUGGCCAAAAUUCCUCAGGGUAAGCCUGUUGUUCUCGUGGUGCUCCACCACACAUAUGAUCCGGAUUACAUCGCUCCAGACAGCAGACUCUGUGUAAACACAGACAGAGUGUUUGCUGUAGAUUGUCUCUAUCAUGAAGACCAAGGUCUGCUGAAUUGCCUGCGCAAUGACGACGCAAUCAGAGCCGUGAAGAAGCACCUGAGACGCGACGACCACAUUGAGGACGACUCCAGCUGUGCACGCUGUGUUGGGUUCCAACUAUGUAUAUCCGAUGCAGAAACUGGGGGGCGAUCCACCCUCGAUAUCCAAGGCAUGGUGCGUCACACAUGUAUCAGGAUAUUGCUUGUUCUGGGCAUUUUCCUGGCUAUUGGUGUGGGUAUUGGUGUGGGUUUUGGUGUGGGAAUCGGUGCGGGUUUUGGAGUGGGUAUUGUUGUGUUUUGUGUUGUAGUCAUGCUUGUGAUUGUUACCUGGGUUAAAAGCUUUCAAAACCGUUUACCAUGAAUGCAGACUUCAAUACACUGGAACAGACAUAGUAUUAGCAUCACAUACAUACAUGCAUAAAUAAAUAAAUAAAUAAACAUUUAAUGGAUGUGUGAAUGAGUAUGUGAUUGUGCCCUGCGAUGAAUUGGCACCCUGUCCAGGGUGUACCCCGCCUUGUGCCCGAUGCUCCCUGGGCUUGGCUCCAGGUUCCCCGUGACCCUGAAGAAGGAGUAAGCGGUAGAAGAUGGAUGGAUGGAUGGAUGGAAAUAUAUAUUUAGAUAUUUAUAAUCGGAGCGACUUUCUUCUGGCAAGCUCUGUAGACAGGAUUACCAUCUUCUAUUAAGUUUCCCUCAGCAUUUAUAUAAAAUCCAAAAUAUGACCACACUUCGGAUUUGGUCCUCGUGGAAGGUCGGAUAUUCCCCCGAGCGCCAUCACUACCUUCCGCCAUGUUCUCUAACUGAACUAAAUGAUCACAGCAAGCCCAGUGACAACUGUCCAUCACUUUAUAAUCAAAUAUAAAACCUGUUUAAAUGA